GGUUGAAGGAGAUUUGUGGAUACUCGGCAUCCUUAAACAGGAAUGAGUUUAAUUUCUUUCUGGUUUUGGCCUGAUAUCAUUGCAGUGAUGUCCACUGUCAAUUGAAUGUAUUAUUGGAGUUAAAAAUAUGCCAAGUAAUGUCAGAAAUUUAGAUGGCUACUUCCAUCAAUGUUACCGACCGGAUUAUAGCUUGGCUGUGUUGAAACAUAAUUGUCGCAUCAGUAUUUUCGGUGUAUUUGAUAUUCAGGUGCUGUUCGGCAAAGUAAUAUCACGUGGCUAUGAGUUUGAAUCCGGCGCUUUUGGAGAAGAGCGGUUUAUCAAAAUUGCUGCACCAUAUUCAAUCGGUCCUCCGGCGCAGUUUGUUUCGCUUCAAGAUAAUCUUUUCAAUCUACAUCGUGUGAAAUGGCGACUCAAAGAGCUGACAAACACAGUGGAUUCGAUAUUGGAGGAAUUCGAAAAUGGUGAUAGUAUACUGCUUUUCCGAUUCAAUUUUUCAAAGAUUUAUGCUUGUCUUCGCGAGCUUCAUGGUCAGAUCUUUUUCCUACCACCAGACUGCAAUGAAUGUUAUUCAGUGGGACCGCUAUGCAGCGCGCUUCAAAUUAAAUAUCCACCGCUUUAUAUGGGUAAAACCGCUGACAGCAUUUUGCAAUUAACAGAGCAGAUUUUAAAUAAAUCGCGAGAAGGGAAAAGGAGUAUAACGAUGAUUAUAGGAAACAAGAACACAGGCAAAUCGAUGCUUACUCGAGUAUUAGCUAAUUCACUCCUUGGAAAAAGUCGACCGCCUCCAUAUAUUCUUGACUGUGAUGUUGGGCAACCAGAAAUGAAUCCACCAGGAAGCAUUUCACUAAUAAAGCUCAAUUCGCCACUUCUAGGUGCACCAGCGUUCCAGCAGCGGGUCGUUUUGUCAGAUACUUAUUUUUACGGAAGAAUUUCUUUGAACGGUGAUUCAAGUUCAUAUUUGGCUAUUCUUCGAGAAUCUUUGGGUUGCUUCUUGAGUGAUAGUCUCCCAUCAUCUGCACUUUUGAUUAAUACUUGUGGAUGGAUUGAAGGACAAGGUGCUUCGCUUCUGGAUAAAAUGUUGAAAUUAUUUGAUCCGGACUUUGUGUUUACUUUUAUUACUACAUCAGGAUCAAAUUACGUGGCUCAGCAAUCUACUAUCAAUGGAAGUGUAAAACCGCUUGUAUUUUGUGGCGAUGCUAUUGAAAAGCCUACGCAUAUGAUCUCCACUUCUUCGAUUUUACGAAAUCUCCGGAUAACGGCAUAUAUGGCACAUGCAUGUCCCGUUCCAACCGUAAAAUCAUUUGCCGAUGCCACUCCUUUCGCGGUAAUGUUCCGCAGUGUGGCACUGUUGGUGCACACAAAUGAGCCAUUUCCUGCAAAUCAUAUAUUUGCCGUUUUGAAUUGUACUUUUGUCGCUCUUUGUAUUCGUAAUUCUACCAGUCAGUCUGAAGAGGAUGAGAGACUGUUCGGCGAUCAAGAUAUGCCGAUUUUGUUAAAUCCAGAUAAGGUAGAACUAUUGCGCGUCGUCGGUUAUGGAUUUAUCAGGGCGAUUGAUUUGGAACAACGCACUUUCUUUAUUUCAACGCCACUUGAGCUGUCAAACCUUGAAGAAGUUAAUGUCCUAGCGCGUGGCUUAAACAUUGAUCUUCCACAAUACUUCCUUGUUUCACAGGAGAGAUCCGCGAUACCAUAUGUUGUUCGAGAACGUUCUUCCUCCUUCCAUACCGAGUUAUUCAAAGAGUUAAAGAUAAAAUCAGUUUUCCACAGGAAAAGGUUUUUGAGAAUGCAAACUCAGUUUAUGGUGAAAAAACCGAUGAACAAACCUGUGUUGCCAAGUUAACAUUCACUUUUCUAUAAAACUGGAACAUCAAAACCAUCUUAAAAAGAAAUAACGAUGAUCUGAAAUUGCCAAAUGUUUAAGAAAAACCGUUCAUCUAUUGACUCCCACCAUUGCCUUCAAUUUUAAAAAGGUUAUCUUCAUAUUACUGGUCCUUCU